CCGCACCUUAUCUUAAGUUCUCAACUGGUUUCUUGUACAAGUAAAACCCAAUUCUUUCCUUCUUCUCACUCUCUCUCUCUGCGCUCUCAAUUGAUCGAAAACGAGUCUAUCUCGAUCCUUCGUUUAUCCUUCUCCUGCAAUCAUUAACCAUGGUGCUCGAGGCGACAAUGAUAUGUAUCGAUAAUUCGGAAUGGAUGCGAAACGGCGAUUACUCUCCUUCCAGAUUUCAAGCUCAAGCUGAUGCCAUUAAUCUUAUUUGUGGAGCUAAAACACAGUCAAACCCGGAGAAUACGGUGGGAGUUCUCACAAUGGCAGGAAAAGGGGUUCGUGUUUUGGUCACGCCUACUAGUGACCUUGGCAAGAUCUUAGCUUGCAUGCACGGUUUAGAAAUAGGUGGCGAGUUGAACUUGGCUGCCGGUAUCCAGGUUGCACAGUUGGCUCUUAAGCAUCGUCAAAACAAAAAGCAGCAACAAAGGAUUAUUGUAUUUGCUGGAAGCCCCAUCAAACAUGAUAAGAAGGCAUUGGAGAUGAUUGGAAGAAAGUUGAAAAAGAACAGUGUAGCACUUGAUAUUGUUGAUUUUGGUGAAGAAGAUGAUGGGAAGGCAGAAAAGUUGGAAGCUCUUCUUGCUGCUGUUAACAACAAUGACAGCAGCCACAUCGUUCAUGUUCCACCUGGUCCAAAUGCUCUUUCUGAUGUGCUUAUCAGUACACCCAUCUUCACUGGUGAUGGGGAAGGUGGAAGUGGUUUUGCUGCUGCUGCAGCAGCAGCUGCAGCUGGUGGUGUUUCCGGUUUUGAAUUUGGUGUGGAUCCCAACCUUGAUCCUGAACUUGCCCUUGCUCUUAGAGUGUCAAUGGAGGAGGAGAGGGCCAGGCAAGAAGCAGCUGCCAAAAAGGCUGCAGAGGAAGCCUCUAAGCAGGAAAAAGGAGGGGAACAACCAACUAGUUCACAGGAUGCAACUAUGACUGAAAGUGCCAGUGUUACAGCUUCUGAAGCUGACAACAAGAAAAAUGAUUUGAUGGAUGAAGAGAAUGCGCUCCUACAGCAAGCUCUCGCAAUGUCAAUGGACAAUCCUGCCUCUAGCCAUGAACUGCGAGAUACUGAUAUGUCAGAGGCUGCUGCAGAUGAUCCAGACUUGGCACUAGUUAUUGCUACAAGCAUUUCUGUUAAUGCCCCUGGUGGUUCUGCAGCUCUUCAAUUGUCUGUGCAAGAUGGUACAAAAGAUUCAGGAAGCCAGACAGAUAUGAGCAAGUUGUUGGCUGACCAAUCCUUUGUAUCCUCCAUCCUUGCUUCACUUCCAGGGGUUGAUCCAAAUGAUCCUUCAGUUAAAGAUUUGCUUGCUUCCAUGCAAAGCCAGUCUGAGCCCCAAGAAAAGAAGGAAGAAGACAAGCCCAAGGAGGAGGAGAAGUGAUAAAUCUCUGGUGUUGAAUUUUGGUGUCAGAUAAUGGUGUCCCAGUUCCUGAUCUGAUCUAUUAUCAGCUAAAUUCAAAAGAAUGUUAAAAUUUGAAGGGGCAUGGCGCAUCACAUGAGUCUUGUUAGACAUUUGAGGUUUCAUAUGAUAACUAGCUAUUGCAUGAACAAUUAAAAUCCUUGAGGUCUGAAAGUUAUUUGCCGUAGCUGUUAACAUUCUAUUUAUGUUUAGAAGGGCAAGCAUUGUUUGAAUGGCAAAGGAAAGUGAGCAGAGCAUUAUGUACCUUGUUAUUUUACAACUCAAAAUUUAAAUCUCAUUUUCUUUAAACGUUGCUGCUA